CAAUUUUUCAUUAGUCGCCAUCUUCGCGUGUGGUUUGAAUUUGGUUUUAUUCAAUCGUGUUUCUCGUGAAAUGGAUAGUGAGAAAGUUGAAAUAAUUAUUGACGAUAUCAUUGCUGAUGAAGGUUUAAUCUCAGAUGCUGACGAAAUUCCGGAGCUCCGUGAUAUGAUUGAUUCUUGGAUACUAAGCCCCGCUAUAUAUGCUAUUCUAGUAGGCCAUGGUAUCACACUAGAAUAUUUGAAAAUUCUAGACGAAAAGGCACUGAAUGACAUUUCCUCGGUGUCGAAAUGGACAGGGCAUAAACACGCUCUUCGCAGAAAACUCAUGAUUUGGCCUGAUAGUGUAUUAUUCCACGAGUCAACAAUUCGCAACGAUGAAGAGGUUGAGUCGUGCAGCUCCGCGGUACCUGCAUAUUUAAAACUGGCAAACUCUGUUUCCGUAACUACUGGUUUAUUGGAAGACAUUCUUGUAAGGAACGAAAAAGGGAAGAUUGUUUGUAAAUACUACAAAUCGCACCAGUAUCUGGAUAACGUGAACAGAAGAGCACUGUCUCACACUGUGGUUGAUUAUUAUAUAGCCAAUCAACUGCAUUUCACACUACCGGACAUGGCGAAAUUCGCUAAAUUAAUUUCUUUACGUUUUCCUCCGGAAAUUGCAGAAACCUACUAUAAUCCGAGGGAUAUUUCGGCCAAUAAAAAGCACCCAUCCGGCUUGUUGUAUGACCGGUUUCAUAAUCGUAGUAAAAAAGACCUCGGCAAGCGCAUUCGAGACAAAGUAGCUGAUCAUAUCAGCAAUGUCAAGUCUUCUGCUCUAGAACUACCUGACAAAGAGAUUGAAAGAUUGUCAACUGUUAAAAACUGGUUACGCAAUAACAUUGCACCAGAAGAGCGCAUUCGCCAACACUGGGCGGAAUCGUUUUUGCUGCGUUUUCGUAAUAUUCAGCAGGAUAAAAACAGUGACAAGCGCACUAUAUUGAACGAUUGGCCAAGAAUAACAGAUGAAAAUGGAUACUUGCUGAUUGACACGGAUUUCAAUCAUUUAUACAAUACCUCUGAGCGAUUGGAGACAGUUUUUGACUGUUGGGAGAGAUUCGCUGUUGAUUUCAUCGAUUACGCACGAAUAAGUAACAUUAAAGAUCAUUAUUCAAUCCAGCUGUUAGAUACACUAUCCGAGUCAUACAUAUUGAUUUCACAAGAUACUCGUGAUUACAUAUUAUGUACCAUUUUCCACGCAAUCGUUAAGCCCUCAAGAACAUCAGCCAGGAAAUUGCCAACAAUAGUACAAGCACAAAACGACGUCUGUUGUAUCAUUGACACGUACGAAGAAUAUCGAGAAGCAUUGAUUUCAAUUCGAAAAGAACACGAAUCUGCUAACAUACAGUUAUCUCCUCGCAUCUAUGCUAUUGGACAUACACAGAGUCUGGACUCAUUUUACGUGGUGACUCAAUUCCUAGAAUAUAAGUUACCAACUUUCCUACGCUGUUUGGAUGUCGUCGUCAAAUUGAAAUUCGUGUUAGAUUUCGAAUUUCCUGAGAGCUGCGAACUAUUCUGGUGUUUUAUAUGCCAAUUCUUUUACGAUAUCAACUCAAGCCGAAAAUCGAAAAAUAGUCAAUUGUUGCAAUUGUUAGCAUUUCUGAAAGCGCGUCAAAAAUGAAUUGCUUCAUUUGUAAAGACACGAUAUGUUCGUUACCAAUAUUAAUGCAUCAUUUAACUGUAUUCCAUGGAACUCCAAUUAAUUUUAAAUACGAAUGUACUAACUGCGUUCCGAAAAUGGCUUUCCAAGACAAGCAUCGUUUCAAACGUCACGUUGUGAAUGCUCAUUCAAUUCUUUUUGAACCACAAAUAUUGAAAGAAAAACCUAUUGAAGACCGUGCCAGUUAUAUUCAUUUAAACAAUAUACUCGCAGCACCAGAUAAUUACCAAUGCAAAGAACCUCGUAAGUCCGUAGAUAACAUAAUUGACUCGAAAAAUGAUAAUGGUUUGGUUGAAAGUGAUAUAAUCGAUAUAAUAAAUAAACUCAGAGAAAGCUUUUUAAAUUUUACUUUAACACUUUAUAGUAAAAAAAACUUUGCCAGAAAAGACGUAGUUGAACUUCAAAAAAAUAUAUCAGCACAGAUUGUUAGACCCAUUUGCGACGCGCUUACAAAAGUUAGUUACA